GUUGUCGUGACGGAAACUCACUGAACUAUCCUGACUGUAAAAAGCUUUGUAUUAUAUCCAUUUGAUAUCAUACACGUCAGUGAUGAAUAGCAAUAGCUAACGUGUUCAUAUAUGAGUGAUUGCGACGGAGGUAUCGAAAGUAAUUUAUAAUAAGCCAUAAUCAAAUAGCGUUAUCAAGUGUGUUUAUUUUUUUCGGUGUACUUUACAUUCGUAUUUGUCAAUUAAUCCUAGUAAAAGUAAUCAAUUAAGUGACAAUCACUAUCUAAUAAUUGUCAUCGUCUUGUUAUCGUGCCAAACGAAAAAAGAGAAAAUUUUGAAGCAAAAUAUUCACAGCUCCCACGACUUUGUUAAGUGACAAAUAGACUUGUUUUCUUACGCAAGCAAAGCGACAAGUCAAAAUGGCAGACGACAAAAACGAUGAUACGCCGGGGCGCGAUUCCGAAAGUAAAUCAGAUCCGGCGGAGGAGAGAUCGCGAUAUUUUAAAAAGCUGGAAGAAUGGCUUCAGGAAGCAUAUGCUUGGCAAAGUGUCGCGGCAAUGUUCCCAUAUUACAUGAUGUCAGGACAAUCCGUUACAAAUCCAACACUUGCUUCAACACCCUUUCAACCAAAUCAAGUACCAACAUCAUCAAAUACACAAGGAAUAAUAAUUGGAAAUAAUUUAGACAGACAAAAUGAAACAGUGAGACAGAGGAGACCUCAAGAACAACUUACAGGACCGUUCCAACCUCCAGGAACUGAUGGUUAUGAAUAUCGCAUUCCUCCAAUUUGGAAGAGAUUCGCAGCAGAAUUCAUAGAUUCAUCAAUGCUAUUUCUCUUGAAGUUUUCCAUUACCUUCAUUGCAAUUGAUGUCUUCGAUUUUAUAGAUGUCGAAGACUUAGAUUUAUUUCAAACAAAUUUGCGCAUUGAUUAUAAAAUGGCUCUGGAAAUGACUUAUGGAAUUCUAAUUUUGGAAGUGAUUCAUCGAGUGAUAGUUUGUAUUUUUGAGGCUUUCUGGCUUCAACAUGGCGUAUAUGGUCUUAUUGGAGGUGCUACUCCUGGAAAGUACAUGAUGGGUUUGCGGGUUGUUCAAUGUCGAAGUAUAACUCCUGUUGAACGUCCGAAUGAGCCAGACAUGGUUUUAGUAAGCCCUGGAACCGACUUGGGCUUGCCAUUGGCUUUGGGUCGCUCAAUGGUGAAAAAUCUCGUACUGGCAUUCAUAUUUCCGAUUUGCUUCUCUCUAUUUUUCUUUAGAUUUAACCGAACCGGCUACGAUUUAAUCUGUCAUUCCAUAGUCAUAGAGGAUCCUUAUAGAAAUAAUAAUCGACCACAUCAGGAGUAAUCUGUUUGAAGGAUAUUACAUGCAUUCUCUGUGAUGUGUACAUAACAGCUGUCUGUGCUUCUUGUACCAAAUGCAUGCGGGUUCAUGUAUGACGUGUAUAUACUUGUAAAAAAAUAAAAGUUAUUAUUGCGGCUAGAAG